AUGGACCAACUAUUAGAGAAUUUUAAUGAAAACCGCCAAGAUGAUAUCACAAAUAUCCAAAGAAAAGUUAUUAAUAAGAGUGAUUCAGCAAAGAAUGAAUUCUAUCUAGGUUAUAAAGAUCGCAAUUACAAAUCACAAUAUUAUGAAAUGUAUAAAUUUAGAUUAUCUAAGCUGCGUGAAAGAGUUAGAAAGGAAUGCUUAAGUAAAUGGAAUUCUAAUGGUUUUACAUUAAGUAAUAAAAAAGUUGUAGAGAAGAAGAGAGUGCUAGAUGUGCAAGGAAAUGAACCAUGCUGGUGCAUUGGUACUAUAUAUUGUGAAAUGAAAUUUAAGCCUAACGUGUUUGAAGAAAUUGUUAGUGAUCAGUAUUCAAAUACAAAUAAUAUUAAAAAUAUUAAAAAUUAUACAGAUCCUGAUGGUAGCGAUGAGAUAAUGUUAGAAGAUGAAAGUGGUAGAAUCAUAUUAUGUGGUGAAUUAAUUAAAAAUACACCCUUUAUCACAGGUACAGUAGUCGGUCUAUUAGGAAUGGAGGCAGAAGCAGGCUCAUUCCAAGUUUUAGAUAUUUGCUAUCCACAGGCUAUACCACAAUUACCUGUACCAACUUCAAAUAAUAAUAUUAAAGGCAAAAAAAUUAUGUUUCUUUCAGGUUUGAAUAUUAACACUACUACGCCAAGUAAUUUAUUUAGAGCUCAACUUUUACAAGAAUAUAUUCUAGGUCGUAUAAAUAAUGAUAACGAUACUAUACUAAAUGAAAUUAGUUCCAUAAGUAAAAUAAUUAUCUGUGGUAAUUCUAUUGAAAGUAAUGUUAAUUUAAGAAACAAGAAAGACAAUGGUAUUGGAGAUUUAUUAAGUUGCAUUCAGGAAUUUAACAAAAUAUUAAUUAAUAUAUUACAAAGUAUACCAAUAGAGAUUAUACCUGGUGAAAAAGAUCCAAGUGAUAAGGGAUGGCCACAACAACCAUUUAAUAAAUCAUUAUUUGGUGACGAAUUGAAACCAUAUUUUGAUGUUAUUAAUGAUGAAUUAUUAAAAUGUGGUACAAACCCAUACUCAAUAAAAUUAGAACAGUAUAACAUUCUCAUAACCUCAGGAACCAAUAUUGAUGAUAUUUGUAAAUACAUUGUUACUGAUGAUGGAGAAGAUAAUGAUGAAAAAGCAGACACUAUUGAACACAGAUUAGAUAUUAUGGAAAGUACCAUGAGGUGGCAAAAUAUUGCGCCAAACGCUCCUGAUACUAUAAUUAGUUAUCCAUAUCUAAAUAAGGAUCCUUUUAUACUAGACGAAUGGCCAAACUUAUAUGUGGUUGGUAAUCAAAAAGAAUUCGGUGUCAGGGAUAUGACUGAUCCUAAUAUAAAGAUAAUUAGUGUACCAGUAUUCAGUUCGACUGGUGAAGUUGUCAUUAUGGAUUUAGAGACAUUGGACUGCAACGUCCUAAAAUUUGAAUUAUAA